UUUAGAUAAAGUUUUAUCCUGGAGACUGAGCUGAUGUCAUCAGGAUAUCUAUCUGCACUACUGCUGGUUUCUGUGUCUUUCUCCUCCGUUUUAUGGAGGAUGGCAACAAUUGAUUUAGACAGAAGAACUAGAUAUUGAAUGUGAAGAUGGCCCCUUUAAUCCAAUGAAAAUAGCUUGAAUAGCGUAAUUAUACCUGGACACAAGCAUGGAGAUGAUGUCCCAUUAUUUCUAUGAAAACUGCUCAGUGGCGCAUGAAGCCAAAUGACUCGCCUGUUUUUUUUUGCAUAGCUUCCACACUGUGGGCCCACAGAGCACCAGAGGCUACAGCUGACUGAGCCGGCUAACUUCCUGUUUUGCGACCAGCUAACUUGAACGGGGAUGAAAUAAUUUAACCCUGCGGCUCCUCUAGACUUUCCAAAUGUUAUAGGACCGAAUGGCUCAAAUUCUGACAGUGAAACGGCUCAUUUCUCCAUAAAAAUGUAUCCAUUAUUUUCCAGAUGCUUCCUUCACAUUGUAGAUUAUUAGCCACUAUUCUUUAGGUGGAGGCCAUGUUGUUCUUGAUGACUUAUAUUGAGUACGAUACAAUACGAUACGAUACGAUACGAUACGAUACACUUUAUUGUCCCUUUGGGAAAAUUUGUCUUGGACUCAAUUGUUGCACACCUGACGCAGGUUUACUCAAUCUGGUUUCACAAAUAACUAAACAAUAUUUUGCCAACCUUACAACAAACUGUCUUACUUAAUGUGCAAUAUUAGCUUCUACAACGACAAACAUCAUACGUGCAAUUUAUAGGAUAAAAAAAUGAACUGGCAUACAUAGUUUUUCUGAAAUUAGCCACUUAUACAACUGUAUGACAAUGUUUGAAACGGAAAAUUAUUUUACAGAUGUGGGAUUAUUUACACGAUAUUAUCAAAUGCUAGACCUUUUAUGAAUUUAUAAUACAGGUUCAUCAUUAUUUAAUACUUAAUUUCUGUGGCAUCCCUGAAGUGGACCUUGUUAGCCUUCUUCUUUAGGUAAUAAUUUGAUAUUUAACCAUCUAAUAAGUUGACAGAUGUAUGAACACAUGGAGCCAUUUCACAACUUUGUCUUUAAACUUAAAUGCUGCAGCCAUGAAAUAAGUCUUCAAUUUCUGGACAUACUGUAAAGGCCAAAUGUGGUCACUCUGUAUUCUCAUUAUCUCCGGGCUGGCACGCACGGCUCAGAGAUCAAAGGUGGCCAAUUUGCAUUAAUUAACGCUGCUCGAUUAAAAACGAGCCCUCAGAGCCAAUCAGAGCGAUCGAGCACGACGCAAAGAGGAGAGAUCAAAGUGCCGCCAAUCGAUCCCGCGCAGCAGCCUGAUUGGUCAGCGCGUAAACCAAAACCAACUUGUACAUGGGGACUUUUUAAUGGACGCUCCCUGUGCUGCUGACCACUGUCUGCGUGUCUGUCUGUCUCCUCCUUUAGUGCUUUAAAAUGACUCCCCCGGAUCACUCAUUUAAAUUAGAACAACAACAAAAAAAAAUCUCAUUAUAUAAACAAGACGUAAUGCACUCGGCAUGUGAGUGUGUAAGAAAACACACAGACUAAAUUACGGAUAGCUUUCUUUGCAGGAGUAAUUUAUGGCGUCUCUGGCAUCUCUCCUAAAUGGGAUGUUUGAAUUUAUUAUUACAGCGCUGGACAAGUUCCCAGGAGUGUUUGAGCAGAGUGGAGAUGUGGCUGCCUUGUGUGUUCAUGGACACGGGAAGUAGAAGUAAUGCUCUAAAAGGCCUUAUAAAAACCUUUAAUUGAUUGACCGCAUCAUACAGAUACUUCCUUUGAUCGUGAAGCCUAAUGUUACUUGACAAUAUUCUCUGGUUAAUCUGCUAAAGUGUAUGAGCUUCGAACAAGCAGAUCCGUGUAACAUAGCCUACAGUGUGCUCCUCUCAGCUAUGAGAUGUCUAUAUUCAUGUAUGACAUUUGCCGAAUUUACAAGAAGGACUGAAUGAUUAAGAAUUUAUCGUAUAAAACUCUACUCAAAGUUUGUAAGGUUUUCUUACGACUCAUCAUCACACAAAAUUAGGAGAUUUUAUAAUGGAGUCUGGGGAAUUUCUCUCCCUCUUCGUCUCCUUGCUGUUGUCGACUGCAGUUGAGGCCGCUUUGACCUGUAGUAUGUUGAUUUUCACAUAUUAAGUCUGCUGUUUUAAAAUUGUCACUUUUUUUUUUGUAACGUAUGCCGAAUUUACAAUACGGACCAAAUAAUUUCCAAUGUAUCAUUGUCAACGUUAUCCGAAGUUUGAAAAGUUUCUCCUGGCUCAAGGACACACAAAAUUGACAGAUUUUAUAAGGGAGUCUGGGGAAUUAUUCUCUCUCUUUAUCUCCUUGCUGUUGUCAGCUGCAGCUAAGGCUGCUUUGACCUAUAGUAUGUGGAUUUUCAGAUAUUCCGUCUGCUAUUUCAAAACUUUUUGUAACAUACGCCGAAUUUACAAGAAGGACCUUACAAUUACAAAUAUAUAACAAAAAGCCUUAUACAGAGUUUAUAAAGUAUUUCGCGACUCAAGAAUAGACACAAUUGAGAGAUUUUACAAGGGAGUCUGGGGAACUCCUCUCCCUCUUCUUCCCCUUGUUUGCUCGGCCGCAGUUGAAGCUGCUUUGACUUAUACUUGAUUCUCACAUAUGCUGUGUUCUGCUUUCAAACUGUUGCACGUUUUUGUUAAUAACUAUUAGAUAUAAGUUAUCCUGGCCAGUCAUAUUACAGUCCAUACACUGCACAUUAAGUGUGAUGUCUGGAGCUGAAGACGCAGAUUGAACGUUUCAAAAUAAAACUGCCUUUUGGCUCAUUGUAAUCCCCGCCAGUGGCGAUGGAAGGCGAACAUUUUGUUUAUCUAAAUCCACUUAAAACGAGGCUCCCUGCCAAAAAUAUUUCAGCUUUUUUUUUUUUUUUCCUUCCUCCCCUGGCCUCCUCCCUCUCGAUCUCGAUCCACCUUCUCCUUCGUCUCUAAUUACCACAUAAGACGUAGAGAGGUAGUCAAUUUGCCAUAGAGACGCGUAAAAAAAAAAAAAAAAAGCUUAUCUUUUAUCGCAGGGGCUAUUACCAUAUAUGAAACUGAGCUUGCAUGAUCAGCAGCUUCCUUCGCCACACACACACACACACACACACACACACACACACACACACACACACACACACACACACACACACACACGCACACACACUCUCACAGAGGCUGACAUUGUGUGCAGAAAUGCUAUGCAGGGCGGUGUGAGCUGCAGAAACACUGUCCACUCUGCUUCACCCCACCGGCAUGCAAAGGAGCCACCACCACCAUCACCAUCACCACCAGCAGCAGCAGCACCACCAACACCAUCACCACCAUCAUCACACGGCGAGAGCUGCGUUUUUUUUUCUCUCUGCAGGGAUUAUUCUAAUAUUUUCCUGAAAGAAAAAAGAAAGGAAAACAAGGCCAGAAGCCCAGGGCUCUCUGGAAACCUGCCAUGUGACAUUUGGCUGCCAGCGCUCCGUCAGAAGGUCAAAGGGGGCCCCGGUGCACAUUUCAUGGAAAUGCAGAAAAGCAGCGACUUCUUCGGGGACCCUCUGGAUGAUGUCAGGGGGUUCGGCUGUGCGCACCACCAACUGGCGCAAGUGGAGACGUUUGCGCGCACGUUUCCCCGGAGGUCAAAACAGCAGAGCACCAAGUUUCCCAUGAGCAAAAAGAUUUUCCCCUGGAUGAAAGAGUCCAGACACUCAGAGCAGAAACACGGCAGGACCAUCGCAGACUGCACCGUCAACGAGAAGUGUCCAGGCGCGCCCCCGGCCUCCAAGAGGACGCGCACCGCGUACACGAGCGCGCAACUGGUGGAGCUGGAGAAGGAGUUCCACUUCAGCCGCUACCUGUGCAGGCCGCGGCGGGUGGAGAUGGCCAGCCUGCUCAACCUCCAGGAGAGACAGAUCAAGAUCUGGUUCCAGAACCGGAGGAUGAAGCAGAAGAAGGACGAGAGAGUGCAGGGCCUCGCCUCCACCACCACCACCAACAACAACACCACCUCCACCACCACCUCCUCCUCCUCACCCCCGUCCUCCCCCUCCGCCCCGGGCAGCCCCACUCUGUCGAGCCUGGGUUAUGUCCAUCUGGGCGGGGAUUACCAGCCGGCCUCCCCUCCGCUCAAGUCCCAACAGCAGCCGAGCCAGCCGGCGUACCCGGCACAGUACUCCAAGUAUCCGGCUGCAGGCUUCACGCACGGCCCGCAGUUUAACGUGCAGUACAACACGCACAGCACGUCACACACAACAGACCCAAACGUGGAUACUAACGGGUUUUAUUUCCCACAGAGCUGCGCUCAGGACAGAAUCAUGCAGGCUCCGAAACUGACUCAUCUGUAGCAGACAGAAGACUCAAAACUGUCCCUUUA